CAAAAUCAUUUGUAAACUAAUUACCAUGGCCGAGAAAAGGAAACGUAGUCAAAAUUAUAGUAUUUAUGAGAAAGAUAGACUAGUAAAGCUAUUGGCUUCUCACAAAGAAACAAUUUUAAAUAAAAGAACAGAUGGUUCAACAAAUGAAGCAAAAAAUAAAGCUUGGAUCGAAGUAACCAAUGCUUAUAACUCAUCAUCGACAAUAUAUAGACCUAAAGAUUCCUUAAUGAAACUGUGGGAUAAAAUGAAGACAGAGAGUAAAUUAUAUUAUCAGUCCAAUAGGUGCAAUAUAAUUGCUACUGGAGGGGGCCCUUCCGAGGUAAAGGUCGAUCCUAUCAUGGAGCAAGUUUGUGGCUUACUCGGUCGGGGGUGUACUGGCAUUUUGAGUGUACAAGAUAAAAUAGAAGAGAAGAUGGAGAACACUGAAGAAUGUACCAAAGAAAAUGUAGAUCCAGAAGCUAAUAGGAAGGAUGUCCCAAGUACACCCUUAUGGUCCAGAAGACGACCCCAGCUAUUGCAUACAAAUGAACGGACUGAAGCUAUGUCAUCAUUAUGUAAUAGCUACACCAGUAUAAAUAAAAAAAAGGAAUCUAUAGAGGAUCUAAAAAGGCAAUUACUGGAAGAUGAAAUCCAAUUUAAAAGGAAAUUGUAUGAAUUACAAUUGCAAUCAGCAGCAAAGGAAGUUGAAAUUAAAAACGAAGUUUUAAGUCAAUUAAAAGGUAUUUUAUUAAUAUUAUAUCCAGAUUAA